AUGCCCGGCGCAUCAGCUAUCGGCAUGCAAAAUACUCUGAGACAGGGAAGCUACAAUGCGAACGGCCACGAAUCAGGUUUCCCAGCUGGUUCCCCAGAACCAGGACCUGCACAGACCAAAAAUGGCGACGAAGAGAAACCGCAAGCCGCCACCUCAGCUGAAAAAGAACCCCCAGCAAAGCAAACCAAGAAGCGCAAGGCUAGUGAUGACGAGGAGGAGGAAGAACAAGCGGACACCAGCAGGAAACGAAGUAAAAAUGCACCUCUGCUUGGCUUCUUACCUCAAGGAUUCUUCGACGAUGCCACGAAAGCGGAAUCCGAAGAUGCCCCUUCCAAUAACUCCAAUGGUCAAGAAUUCAGGCUCCCCUCACGUCCCGCCACACCUCUCAAAGCACCAGAUGCAGCGCCAGAAGCCGCAAAGCUCCCUACAGUUGACGAAGAUGAAUGGGCAGCUUUCGAAGCCGACAUCGCGGCAGCUGAAGUCACGGCCGAGACAACAGACAAUGCCGUCAUAAGCGCGGUGCCAAUGACGACAGAGGAGGUCGCGGCAAAAUCGAGGGAGGAAGAGAUGAGUGCUAGGAAAGAAAAGGCUGAGGCGGACUUGGAGGGGGAUAGGGAGGAUGCUGUGAGGAAACUGGAAGAUGAGUUUGAACAAAUGAAUGAAUUAGAGGAGCGGGUGAGGAGGUUGAAGGAGAAGAGGGAGGCAUUGAGGGUAAAAGAACCCACUCGUGUUGCUCCAGAACCUGCAGGAGGAGGCAAAACGGAGGCCCCAAAUUCUACUCCAGAGGAAGAAGAUGAAGAUGAUGAUGACGACGGGGAAGACGAUGACAAUUGGGCAGGCUUCAGGCUGCGCGGCUAA